AUUUUAGGUUUAGCUUAUGAAGAUUGAAACGAGAACAGAAGAUAAUGAAAAAAGAAAAACGAUAUUACCAGAAGAUAGCAUGUAAGAUAACUACAGCUAUUGUGAAACUACCCUGAAGUAAACAUCUUCAUUCUACAUCAGCCCUUCUUCCUGCUGUUACCAACAGAAGUGUUAUCAGUGUAAAGAUCUGUUUAGCAGUUACUAUCCUACACCGGAAACAUUACAUUGUACAAGAUCGCACCUAUGUCAGAUGGAGCUGCAAGGGAAGAAGUAGACACUCCUGAGCCUGCAUCCCCUCCCCACACUCAGAAUGAGUCUACUGAGAAGCAGCAUAACGUGGACAGUCUGAGUAGCGACAGUGACUACGAGGAAACCACUGCUACAGAGGGAGAGGAUGGAAUUCACCGCAAAGCUUCUUGGAGGAAACUGUCAACUAACGUGUGUAGGAAAGGGAUCAUGAAGGAAGGGCACCUCCUGAAGCACGCCUCCUCGUUUCAGCGAUCCAAGAGAUACCACUUUAUCCUGAAGGAGGGGAAACUGUUCUACGGGAAGGAUACUUGCAGCUCACUUCAUGUGGAGGUGUCACUGACAGGGGCAAGUGUGGCGGAGUGCAGCAAGAAGAACGUCAACAACAGCUUCACUAUAAUAUCCCCUCUGCGGUCUCACAUGUUCUCAGCUGAAAACAGAAGAGAUAUGGAGGAGUGGAUAGAAGCUAUUUCUAGGAGUAUAGCAGCUUCUAGCAGUGAGAAAAAUUACAAGCUAGAGUUUCCGGUGGUGGCUAAACACAACUGGUACACGAGUAGUUACUCCAGAGGGGCCUUCUGUAACGUGUGUAGGGAACUCCUCUCCCCUCUCAAACGAUCAGUCCUCGCUUGUGAAGUAUGCCAGAUGAUGGCGCACAAGAAAUGUGCCGCCAAAACAGCUGUAUCUUGUAAAUGGACUCACAAGGAGUCCAUGCCAGCAAAUGUAGCCUCCGAUCACAAUGCUAUGAUACACCAGUGGAUGGAAGGGAACCUGACGUCCGGCUCCAAGUGUGGUUACUGUGAUAAACUGUGUGGAGUUAGCAGAACCUGUCCUUCUUGGAGGUGCCUCUGGUGCCAUCAAACGGUUCACGGAGGUUGCAGGAGCGUGAUAACUGGGUACUGUGACAUGGGACCCCAGGGCAACUCUAUUCUUUCUCCACAGCACGUGUCCAUGGCAGACACUCUCACUGUUACAAGGGUCCGCAACACACUAGGCUGCUGUCCGUUACUUGUUUUCAUCAACUCCAAGAGUGGAGACGCGCAGGGAGUGAAGUUCCUAAGAAAGUUUAAAGAGCUGCUGAAUCCAAUACAAGUGUUUGACCUGAUGAACGGAGGACCUAUGCCUGGGUUGAUGCUGUUUCAAGAGUUGGAGCAGUUCAGGGUGAUGGUAUGUGGAGGUGACGGGAGUGUGGGGUGGGUGCUCUCAGCUAUAGACCAGCUAGAACUGCACCAGCAGUGUCAGUUUGGUAUUCUCCCGCUGGGAACUGGUAACGAUCUAGCUAGAGUAUUCGGGUGGGGGAGUGGCUUUGACAACGAGAUACUGUUACCUCAAGUACUGUUUGACUACAAUCACGCUGGAGUAAAGAUGUUGGACAGAUGGAGUAUUCUGAUAAGACCUCGACACGUUGGAGAUAAGAGAAAAGGAGUGGUUGUACCUCACGAGGAGAUCCCAUUGUCGCGCUAUCAAGACAGUAUUGCUAAAAACUUGCUACAGCUGCUUGGCAGUGAUGACUUUAGUUCUGUUCUCCAUUUGUCACGGUCCUUGUGUAGAACAAUUAAAGAUUUUGUGAUAAAGAUAGCUUCUGCAAUGGAAGACGUGGAGGAAGGACAACAAGCUACCGUUCUACAGUACAAGUGUAGUGUUCUAAACGAGAAACUCAAUAGAUUACUCGAUAUUAUUAACAGAGAUAUAGUUAACGUGGAGAGCGGGAACGCGCAGUUAAUAGAGUCAUGUGAAGUUAUUGGUAGAGCUAACAGUUUGAGAAGGGCAGUUCAGCGUAUAACUGAUCACAUCGAACAAGUUGUAGAAACACAACAGAACGACGGUGCAUCACUGCACAUUAAAGAUAAUCUGCCUCUUCCUAUGUCAAUACCCGGAUUAAUACUGCCCACCGCUCCCAGGGUCGAAGAAAGAACUGAAAGAAGGACCAGCAGUGUUGGUGAGUUGGAUGAUCUUAACAGAGAAGCACUGCUCAAGUCUUCCCUCUCCCGGUCGCUCGACGAAAUCAUCGACGACAAACUAAUAAAGAAGCAAUCUGGCAGUAAAUCAGCAGACAGCGAAGAAACUACAAGUAAAGAUCAGGAUGAUAAGGGAGAGUCGAGUGACAGCAGCGUCUUCUCUGACGGGGAGUCUAUUUUUAGGACUAGUUUUGUGACCAUCAGUCAAUACAGAGAAGUAAAUGUCAUGAACAACUACUUUGGGAUAGGACUUGAUGCCAGAAUCAGUCUAGAAUUUCAUCUGAAACGAGAGGAGCAUCCGGAAAAGUUUCACAGCAGGGCUAAAAACAUUAUGAGGUACGGUGUGAUAAGCGGGAGGCAGUUCUUUAUGAACAAAUACAAGAACCUGAAUCAGAGAGUACAUAUGGAAUGCGAUGGCAUUCCUGUCCAACUCCCAACCCUACAGGGAAUAGUUGUGUUAAACAUAACAAGUUACAUGGGUGGCACUAACUUUUGGGGGACAGGAAAAGGAGACGACGGGUUUAACACACCUGCUAUCGAUGACAGGAUGCUAGAAGUAGUGGGCGUGGUAGGCGUUCCACAGCUUGGUAUUUCUUACAUGAUUGGUGGUCUACAGCAUCACAGGUUAGCGCAGUGCAGGAGUGUACGUUUCACUGUACUAGGGGACCCUGUACCAGUACAAGUAGACGGUGAGGCUUGGAUGCAGGAGCCUGGAUAUAUCAAGAUUAUACACAAGAACAGGGCUCAGAUGCUGUUCAGGGAUAAGAACUUCAAGCACACACUGUCAGAGUGGAACAGUAAGAUGGAAGCAGUGAGGGUGGAGCGAGGACUGAUGAGCGAGGUGGAGGUGCAGGUUAUGCCUAAAGUCUGCGAAGCUGUCAAGAAUCUCAUUACACUGUUCGUGUCACUGUACAAAGAGGCUGAGGGGGACGAGGAUCUACUGAUAAGAGCGGGCAGAACCCAAUCAGACAUAGACAUCCUCUUUAGUAGACCUAACCCACAGAAAGUGGACCACGCACAGUGUGUAGACUUUCUGAGCAACCUGAAGAGUAUGCUGCAGGAGAUAUCCUGGUACAUGAAAGUGAAACUACCCUCCAUUCUCCCGGUGGAGAACAGCGCGUUAAGAGCACGAGUAGAGGGUGCCAUAGCAACAACAGAGGAGGAACUCAGACUUCUUCCAGAUAGGGUCAUCCGACAAGCUAGCUCUCAGCUUCACGACUCCCAUACAGGUUACAAAGUACGCAGAUUCUUGCGGAGUUUGUCCAGGUUAAAGAUCACAGCAACAGCUCAGUCUCCUUUUGACUUCGAGUCUUCAUCUCCAGACACACCUCCAGGUGACCACACUAAGGACGUGUCGGAGUGGGAUCUAGAUCACGUGAUAAGGUGGUUAAAUCACUUGGACCUCAGUCAGUACUGUGAUGUGUUCAAGUCUCACGAUAUUCACGGUAGAGAGCUCCUCGAACUCUCUCACCAGGAUAUCAAAGAUCUGGGGCUGGUGAAGGUAGGACACAUCAAGCGACUUCUGAACGCUAUCAGUGAGUUGAAACAGGCGUCCCAGGGAGGAAGUGGGAGCACUAGACGCAUGUCCUCUCACAAGUAACACCACUAACUGGAACUAUCUGUGUAGUAACACCUGUGUAGUAACACCUGUGAACUAACACCUGUGAACUAACACCUGUGAACUAACACCUUCUGUAAUCUGUAGGUACAAGAUACCUUGCUCUGUAGCGUGUAACUUCUUUCUGUCGGGCUGUAGAUUGCUGGACAAUCCUGCCCUAAGCAACACUCUCUGUAGUGUUCCGUAAACUGUUUUAACUUAAUUGCAUGGAUACUGUUUUUUGGGUAUUUAAUAACGUUUAAUUUGUGGGUUAUUUAUUUCGAAAUCUAAUAUAAAUAUGCUUUGUUAGUUUAUAAACAUCAACAUUGAAAUAACUUCAGUGUUUCAUCCUAUCACAUUUCUGCUAGAACAACUGUUUAUUUAUAGUAAGAUUAUUGGUUAAUAAAACGGCUAUAUUCGUAAUUGUUAUAAUUCAGAUUCUUUUCUUAACUAUCAGAUACAUAAGCUCAUAAGGUUUCAUUUCCUUCAUGUGCAGCAUAUUAUGAAGGAAAUGAAACCUUACAUAUCGUAUUGUUAAGAAAAGUUAUUGUCAAGAUAUUAGAGCCAUGGUUACAGGUAUUAAAAAUGUUAAAUUAUUACAUACUUUUAUUUAUUAAUGUGGUAAUAUUGAUAAGUUGGUAAUAUUGUAUAAUUUGUAUCGAAUUUACUGCGAAUCAACUGGAUGAUAUCUAACUGUUAAUUGUUUUGUUAAUUGUUACACUGGGCAUGCUGGUGUUCGUGAGGUUUGAUGAGAAUGUUAAAUACAGUAAAACCUCUUU